UUGCUUUAUGUAGAUCUGUUCUUUCUCUCUCCUGUGUCUGCCUCUGGUUCUCUGUGGCUCCAUCUCUAGGCUCUAGGUUCCUGUCUGUCUGUCUGUCUGGCAGCCAGCGUGUCGGUCUGCUUGCCCACCACCUGCUUACCUGUCCCUCUGUCACUUUCUCUCCUGCUCCCUCUUCCUCCUGCUCCUGCUUCUGCUCCCCAUCUCUGUCUCUUUGCCCAGCUGGUGUGGUAUCUGUCUCCCUUGUUGUUGUUUUGGGAGGAGGGGUUUGUUUCCACAGUAACCUGGUCUUCUUGCUCUGGGAUUGGGGAGGAAGCCCUCAGAUUCGUGACCCCUCCCCUAAGCCAUGGGGGAAAGCCUCGGGGAAAGGCCGGGGAACUUCCUCUACUGGGAGGGGCAGAGCUGAGGCCUGGUGCUGGAGGUGGAGGUGGAGGUGGCCCCGGUGUCUGUCUGGGAUGAAGAUGAGGAUGAUGCUACCUUCACUGUCACAAGUCGUCAAUAUCGGCCUCUUGAUCCCUUGGCUCCCAUGCCUCCUCCUCGUUCUUCCCGUCGACUUCGGGCUGGGACUCUAUCUGCUCUGGUCAGACAUCUGCUGGAUGCCCAGACAUCGGGGUCUGACGUGACCUUCAUGCCAACCUUUUUGGCCACUCACAGGGCAUUUACAUCCACACCAACUGUACUGGGAUUGUUAGUUGACAGACUGGAGGCCCUAGAGUCCGGUCCCAGUGCUGAUCUGGAGAAGACAAGAGGGCUGAUCCCCUCCCCUCCUAGGUUAGCCAUCUCUGUUCUAUCAACCUGGCUGACCUCUCACCCUGAGGAUUUUGGCUCUGAGGUCAGGGGUCAGCUUGACCGGCUUGAGAGCUUCCUGCUACGGACACGGGAUGCAGCAGGGGAGGUUGUUGGGGGGGACGUCGUUGAUUUCAUCCGAGACAUCCGAUCCCGGGUGGCCCUCCCAGUCCCUGACCCUCCUAAGCCCCUGGCCCCCCCUGGCGAUCCCCCUGCUGACCCCACGGAUGUCCUGGUGUUCCUCGCUGACCACUUGGCCGAGCAGCUGACCCUGCUGGAUGCGGAGCUGUUCCUCUCCUUGGUCCCUUCUCAGUGCCUAGGGGCCUUAUGGGGCCACAGGGACCGACCUGGUCACUCCCACCUCUGCCCUUCUGUCAGAGCAACAGUUACUCAGUUCAACAAGGUGGCUGGAGCUGUGGUCAGCUCUGUCUUGGGGGCCACAGCAUCUGGAGAGGGACUUGAGGAGGUGAACAUUCGGCCCCUCCGACCCCCCCAGAGGGCACGGCUCCUGGAGAAAUGGAUCCGGGUGGCAGAGGAGUGCCGUCUUCUCCGGAAUUUCUCAUCUGUUUAUGCUGUUGUGUCUGCCCUUCAGUCCAGUCCUGUCCACAGGCUCCGGUUGGCCUGGGGAGAGAUAACCAGGGACAGCCUCCGCCUCUUCUCCAGCCUCUGUCAGAUUUUCUCAGAGGAAGAUAAUUAUUCCCAAAGCCGGGAGCUAUUACUUCAGGAGGUGAAGGGGCCUCCCCCAUUGGAGCCAAAUACAAAGAAGCCUGUGAGAAAUGUGCCGCCUCAGGGUGGGGGUGUGGUGCCAUACCUUGGCACCUUCUUGAAAGAUCUUGUGAUGCUGGAUGCAGCCUCCAGGGAUGAACUGGAGAAUGGUUACAUCAACUUUGACAAGAGGAGGAAGGAAUUCUCUGUCCUGUCUGAGCUUAGACGUCUUCAGGAUGAAUGUCGAGGUUAUGACCUUCACCCUGACCCUGAUGUCCAGCAGUGGCUUCAGGGGCUCCAGCCCCUGACAGAGGCUCAGAGCCACCGUGUGUCUUGUGAAGUGGAGCCACCCGGAGUCAGUGAUCCCCCUGCUCCCCGGACGCUUCGGCCGACACUGGUCAUCUCUCACUGGACAGAUGUGCUGGGAUCCGUCGGUGGUCCCACUCCCCUUGUCUCCUGGGAUCAGCCUGCUCUGAGGGAGGAUGGCACAGCUGCCUGUCCUGCCCCCUUGCUUAGUCGACUGGCCCAGCACAUGAAAUGGCCAUCUGUUUCCUCUCUGGACUCUGCCUUGGAUGGGGCUCCUUCCUCCCACACUCCUGCCGAUCCUGGUUUCCUCUCCCCCACAGCGCACUCUCCCAGGCCCCCCCGAGGACACCGCCGCUCUGCUUCCUGUGGCUCUCCUCUUAGCAGCGGAGCAGGGGAAGGCACUUCCUUUGGGACAGGGUCUGGGAAUGGGCGGGGAAGUGGACCAGCGGCCUCUGAUUGUCGCAUCAUCCGUGUGCAGAUGGAGCUCGGGGAGGAUGGCAGUGUCUACAAGAGCAUACUGGUGACAAGCCAGGACAAGGCUCCAAGUAUUAUCAGUUGUGUCCUGAAAAAAAAUAACCGGGAUCCAGGAAUAGCUGCAGAGUACGAGUUGGUGCAACUGCUGCCAGGCAAUAGAGAGCUGACCAUUCCACCAUCAGCUAACGUCUUCUACGCCAUGGAUGGUGCCUCUUGUGAUUUCCUGUUGAGGCACCGGCAGCGACCCUCUUCAGUGACUCCAGGUAUCUCCAGUGGACCUACUACUGCUGCAAAUCCUCCCAGUGAGGGAGGAGGAGGCUCCUUCCCCAGGAUCAAGGCCACAGGACGAAAAAUUGCUCGGGCACUGUUCUGAGGAAAUCAUGUGUUUUUUAUAGAAGCCAUGGUGACUAUGUUGUUGGAUAUUAGCCAUCUUGAAUGGUGUGGCCAUGUUGGAUUGGGACAAUCAUCUUGUAUGGUAGCUAGUUAUGGUUGGUCAGAAAGGAGCAGUCCUGGGUGUUUAGGGUGCAGCUAUGUUGGACAGCCACUUUGGAGUCCUGUGGUUAUUUUGGCGGGAGACAGGGAUAGGUUACAUUUCUCAUGACUCCUACCUUCUGAGUCUUGUUAUUUGUGCCAUACUGUCACCCCAGACUCUUUUCUAUUUGUCAUACCCAGAAUACAAAGGGCCAGGGAAAGGCUUGAAAAGGGCAUGGCCUAGAGGCUCUGAGUACCAGGAAUGAGUGGAUGGAGGGGAGAGAAAGAAGGUCUUACAGGGGCCCCCUUUCUUUCUAUGACCCCACCCCACCACUCCCCAGCCAGGGACUCCUGUGCUGUGACAACACUAAAACAAUAAACACACUACAUGAUCCCAACUCAUUCUGGCUUCCACAAUCUGUGUACCUCAGAUGCUCACAUGUUCAUGCCAGCUGCCUUGUAAAGGGUUUCAAGUAAGAGGGUUUAGGAGUAAUGUUCUAAUAUCCCCAACACCUCACGUUCAGCCCACCAGCUCCACAAAUGCCAUCAUUUAAAAAGCUCUCCUAUAGUCAAUGUCUCAUCCCCCAGCUCAGGCACCAAGUGUGUUGUCCUUACCUAUAGUCAUCCAAUCUUGGGUCUCUAUCACCCAAAACUCAUACUGUCUGAGCAUCAAAUAGCUCUCCUAGCUGCAAAUAUGAAAAAGGGAGUUUUAAGGACAAGCUAGAGUAUACAACUAAUGGAACUUGUAAUUCUAAAAAGUAAUAUAAACUAAAAAAGUUUCAAGGAGUUAAAUUCAAAUUUCUGGAUCACAGAGCAUAGCAAUUUAUUGAGGAACUAAGGAUGUUUGGACAUAAUAGUACACACACCUGUAGACUUCUCUUAACGUGGUCUUACGUACAUACACUACCUUUUAGUUCAAGGGUAGGUAGGAGAAAGUACUAGAGUUAGAAUCAGAGGACCUGUGAAAAUUCAUUUAACCCCUCCAGGACAGUAAAAAUGGAUUAGAUAAGUACCAAUUCUCAUGGCAUCUUAGGUCUGUCCCAAAAUUUUAUUCUUACAAAAAUUUUGUGUGGUAAGGAUAGUUAUGUCACUAACCUUUUGGGAUUAAUAACAUGGAAUACAAUUAUAGCCUCAUCACAUAAUGACUGUCAUAUAACAUAAGCCAUUUCUUGUGUUUGUGGUAAAAAAAUUUAUCUGCCUCUCAUCCUCAGGUUAUGACAUAAAUGUCUUUUUCCCUC